AUGGAAUCUAUUUUGAGAAAAAUUCACCGAUGUGAUGUUUGUAAAAAGUGUUUCAAAGCGCCAUCACAUCUUAAAGUUCACUUGCGAACACAUACUGGAGAAAAACCGUUCAGAUGUGAUGUUUGUGAAAAAUAUUUUACAUUACCAUCAAAUCUAAGAGCUCACCAAAGAAUACAUACUGGAGAGAAACCAUUCAAAUGUGUUGUUUGUAAAAAGUGUUUUACCCAGUCAAGUGAUCUGAAUCUUCACAUGAGAAUUCAUACUAGAGAGAAACCAUUCAAAUGUGAUGUGUGUAAAAAGUGUUUUUCUCAGUCAGGUAACCUUACUACUCACAUGAAAACACAUACUGGAGAAAAACCUUACCAAUGUGAUGUUUGUAAAAUGUGCUUUACUGGGUCAUGUAAUCUUACCACUCACAUGAGAAUACAUACCGGAGAGAAACCUUACCAAUGUGAUGUGUGUAAAAAAUGUUUUACUAUGUCAAAUCAUCUUAUUAGGCACUUAAAAAUACAUACUGGAGAAAAACCUCAUCAAUGUGAUGUUUGUAAAAAGGGUUUUGCCGAAUCAAAUGAUUUGAAGUGUUUCAAAGCGCCAUCACAUCUUAAAAUUCACUUGCGAACACAUACUGGAGAAAAACCGUUCAGAUGUGAUGUUUGUGAAAAAUAUUUUACAUCACCUUCAAAUCGAAAUGCUCACAAAAGAAUUCAUACUGGAGAGAAACCAUUCAUUUGUGAUGUUUGUAAAAAGUGUUUUACCCAGUCAAGUGAUCUGAAGCUUCACAUGAGAAUUCAUACUGGAGAGAAACCAUUCACAUGUGAUGUUUGUAAAAUGUGCUUUUCUAGGUCAGGUAAUCUUACCACUCACAUGAAAACACAUACUGGAGAAAAACCUUACCAAUGUGAUGUAUGUAAAAAAUGUUUUGCGGCGGCCAGUAAGCUAGAUAUUCACAUGAGAAUACAUACUGGAGAGAAACCAUUCAAAUGUGAUGUUUGUAAAAAGUGCUUUGCUCGAUCAGAUGAUUUGAAGAGUCACUUGAGAAGGCAUGCUGGAGAAAAACCUUACCAAUGUGAUGUUUGUAAAAAGUGUUUUGCUGUGGCAAGUAAGCGAAAUAUUCACAUGAGAAUACAUACUGGAGAGAAACCUUACCAAUGUGAUGUUUGUAAAAAGUGCUUUGCUCGAUCAGAUGAUUUGAAGAGUCACUUGAGAAGGCAUACUGGAGAGAAACCUUACCAAUGUGAUGUUUGUAAAAUGUGCUUUUCUGGGUCAUGUAAUCUUACUGUUCACAUGAGAACACAUACUGGAGAGAAACCUUACCAAUGUGAUGUGUGUAAAAAAUGUUUUACUAUGUCAAAUCAUCUUAUUAGGCACUUAAAAAUACAUACUGGAGAAAAACCUCAUCAAUGUGAUGUUUGUAAAAAGGGUUUUGCCGAACCAACUGUAUUGAAGGUUCACUUAAGAAAACAUACUGGAGAGAAACCUUAUAAGUGUGAUGUUUGUAAAAAGUGUUUUUCUCAAACAGGUAGUCGUAAUAACCACAUGAGAGUUCAUACUGGAGAGAAACCAUACCAAUGUGAUGUUUGUAAGAAAUGUUUUACUCAUUAUUCAAGUUUAAGAUACCAUGUAAAAAAACAUUUGUAG